CGUAAAGUAUGCUUUCAUUCAGUCGAUCUGUAUCGUAGGCAGCUGUAAUUUACGUUCGUUUGCUAGAGUAGAAAGUGUUUCAGGACUCUGCAUAUCGUAGUACUCCAAUAACGUGGUAGUAAACACUAAACAGCACGUUGAACCUGUUACGGUGGUAUUGUCGAGCCACCGCAUAACUUCGCUGUUCGUGAAAAAGGACCACCACUCACUGUACGAGUGCGGAGUGAGCCACAGAUUUUUGCGCAUAACAGUCGUAUGUUUAUAAUGGUGUUCUGUGGUAAGACUGGUCGACGCUAAGGUUUUGUGCCCCGUGUCCCGAAGAUCUGUAAAUCGAUGCUUCAGUCUUUAUGCAGCAGCUCCCAUUUGAUUGAUUAUCUGAAGUUUCUUUAAAGAAAGCACUCUUUCCAGUUCGCCGAGUUUGGUUUUUGCUGUACAGCGACAGGAAAACGUAAACGGUCGCGGGAUGUUCUGAAGUUCUCAGUGCGUGUUUCUGAUUUGAGUUGUUCAAGUUUCAAAAAAUGGCCGACAAAGCUCCGGAAAUUGCUUCCAGUACGGAUGAGCCCGUCACGAAGAGCAGUCUGAAUGCGCCCAAUCCCGGUGCUCCCGAAAGCGAGAAGCCUGUGACUACUGACGUUCCGCUUGAGUCCGGCAGCGCCGUCAGUUCCACCGCGGAGCACGUCGCUCAGAAGGGCAAAUCUCCAAGUCCGACGCAUUCCGCUGGAUCGAAUCGUAAGUCCGCUUCACCAACGAGAAACGAAAAGGACGUGAAGGGAAGCAAGAGUGUGGAUAGGGAGCCUGCAAGUUCUACCGGAAACGAUAUCAGUGAAAGCAGCGAUAACAUGGGUUCGUCGAAAGAUCAAAACUCGUCUGUUGGCGACAAACCGGCUCCCCCAGUUAAGAGCGGUACGAUGAUCGCCACUGCUAAGGAAGGUGAAGCUUUUUUGAAUAAUAAGCGCUUGGGCAACUCGCGUUCCGACACGAAACAAAUGAAGCAGGCAACUGAUACUUCCGCGGAAAGCUUACCCAAGAAGGCUCCAGUCAGAAAGGACCACAGCAUGAAGGCUACUGCUUCGGAAGCGGAGGUCAUUACUGGGGCACCAAUUGAUGUGUCGGAAAAACGGACUUUGAGGUCUGAGAAGCGAAAAGCUGAAGAGCCACCUAAACCGACUCGAGAUAACACGAUGAAGCGAACAGCAAAGGAGGGAAAUGCCGUGUUGGGAGACGGUGCUCCGACAAAGCGUACGCGUGGAGGAAAGUGAAAACAUUUGGCCUAUGCAGCUGCCUUUGGGGAACCAAAUCCUAGUAUUAUUAUCUACCUUGUCUACUUUUUGUUAUGUAUAUGUGCGUGUAGUCAUUCAUAUAUUUCUAUAUUUCGUUUAAAACUUGUCGAACACAUUUUGUGCAGUCGUUUAUUGUCUUGCACGGUGAAGAAAAUUCGCAGGAUUUUUGACAUGUAUGUACUUUAAAAUGCAGUUGAUGGUUAUUUUGUCAGCUCGUAAUUUCAGCAUUUUACUUCCUCUAUCGAUAUUUUUCAGCAUGAGGCACUAUUAUUGUUAGCAGUACUUUAUAUUUUGUUUUUGGCCUAUCGUGUGCCGAUUGGACCGGAUUGGUAUUGUUGAGAUGUAUACUGUUACAGUCGAAAGUAUUAAAAUGAGACGCAGAUCAAA